AUGGGCGCCCUCAAAUACGUCGAAGAGCUCCAGAAGAAGAAGCAGUCUGAUGUCCUGCGCUUCCUUCUCCGUGUUCGCUGCUGGGAGCUCCGCCAGUUGAACGUCAUCCACCGCGCCUCGCGCCCUUCGCGCCCCGACAAGGCCCGUCGUCUUGGAUACAAGGCCAAGCAGGGAUACGUUAUCUACCGUGUCCGCGUCCGCCGCGGUGGUCGCAAGCGCCCCGUGCCCAAGGGUGCCACCUACGGCAAGCCCACCAACCAGGGUGUUAACCAGCUCAAGUUCCAGCGCUCUCUCCGUUCCGUCGCCGAGGAGCGUGUCGGCCGCCGCUGCGCCAACUUGCGCGUCCUGAACUCGUACUGGAUCAACCAGGACUCGACCUACAAGUACUUCGAGAUCAUCCUCGUCGACCCCCAGCACAAGGCCAUCCGCAAGGAUGCUCGCAUCAACUGGAUCGUCAACCCCGUCCACAAGCACCGCGAACUCCGUGGCUUGACCUCCACCGGCAAGCACAACCGUGGUAUCAACAAGGGUCACCGUUACAACAACACCUCUGCCGGUCGCAGAAAGACCUGGAAGAGACAGAACACCCUGUCUCUCUGGCGCUACCGAUAAACGUCUCGCCCAUCUGGGUGUUGACGUGGUGGUUGUUAAAGGGGUUCUGGGCAAGGGUCUUUGUUUCAUGUCGUCAAGAUAUUGGGACGAGGGCAUCCACAAAAUUUCUGGGAUUAGCGGGCAUUAUCAUGAACUAGCCAAAUUGUUGUCAUUCAAAAUCACAACACUACC